GUGGAUUCUCCUUUCUAAGUUGAAUAAAUAAAUUACACGGCAAAACGGCAAGUUUGGAAAACACUGGUCGGAAUCUUGUACCUAAUUUUCUCCUAUCAUCGUUGAAACGAAGAACACACACGUUGAUGUUCUUUUCUAAAUCCAACAUCGUAUUUUUCACUUCUCUUCGAUCCGCUCCGUGCUUGACCCUCUGCUUCAGCCACCUCCCCUCGCAGAUUAGGCUAAAUGGCGAGGAUCAAACCUCAGGCUCUGUUACAGCAAAGCAAAAGGAAGAAGGGACCUUCUCGCUUAAGCGCCACCACUGUUUUGUUUUACGCUUUGAUCGUUGUCUUGAUUUCAUUAUUCCUGUUUGCUACAUACAGGCAUUGGUCCAACAGGUCAAGUUUGCAAUCGGAAAAUCACUUGUCAGUCUCUGAGGGUGAAAAUACUUUUGCGGACCCCAAGAAAACAGAGCUACCUGGAUAUGCCGUUUUAAAUACCUCUAAAGGUUCUAUAAUAAUAGAACUGCACAAGGAAAUAGCUCCUGAAGUUGUUGAUGAAUUCAUUGACUUAUGUCAAAAAGGGCACUUCAAAGGGAUGCUUUUUCACCGAGUAAUUAAGCACUAUGUGAUUCAGGCAGGGGAUAACCAAGGAACAACAGCUACUGAAGAUUGGAACUUGAGAGGAAAACACCAUACAAGCAUGAAACAUGAAGCAUUCAUGCUUGGAACUUCCAAGGGAAAACACGUCAACAAAGGAUUUGAUCUUUUCAUUACAACUGCACCAAUACCAGAUCUAAAUGAGAAGCUUAUUGUGUUUGGGCAAGUCAUCAGGGGAGAGGAUGUUGUUCAGGAAAUUGAAGAAGUGGAUACAGAUGAACAUUACAAGCCUAAAAUAUCUAUUGGGAUACUUGACGUGACUCUUAAACACAAUAUCUAAAGGCACUCUGCUAGACCAAGAGCAUAAUGAGCUGCGAUACUUUGCCAAUAUCCUGUUUUGGUACACUGGUCAAAUAUUUUUGUACAGGGAUGAACCUUUAGAAUUUCUCACCUGGGGUGCAUCCUAUCAAGUGUCUGAGCCUUGAUGUUGUUUUGCUAUUGCAUUUUUAGUUGUUGACACAGGGAUUAUGCAAUCUACUUUUCUUACCUCCUGCCAUUAUUUGUUUGUUUUUCGUUUUCUUUUUUCUUUGGAGGGAGGAAGGGGAAGGUUGUGUAGGCAGGGUUUUGCAUUUUGCUUGUAAGGUUUGGUAAUAUCACAUUUUUCAUUUUUAUAUUGGCAUUACUCUAUAUUGGCAGUUCAUUUAUCUCGUGUUUCCAUAAUUUGGUGGGGAGAUUCUGUAACCUUUUUAACAAUUGAUACCCACAUUUCCAUUUGAUUAUAAAAGCCGUAACCAUUUAUGG